AUGAUAUCUUUCCAUAAUAAUAGUCCAAUGCUUUUGAGUGGUCCAAAUAUUGAAAGGAAACCUUUAAAAGGAACACAAGAGCAACUUAAAAAAGAAAUUAGAGACUUUCUUUCUGAAAAAUAUAAAGGCGGUUCAGGUUCAGUUGACCAAUUUGCAGACAUUUUGUCUACUUAUAUUAGUGCCGAUUCAACAAUUAAAAAGAUGAUGACAAAUUUUGACAUUCCAAUAGAGCUUGUUCGUAGUGGAUAUAUUUUGAUUUCUCGAUUUUUUAAGGUGGAAGAAGCUGAAAUAAUUGACAAAUAAAAGAAGAAAUUCUGUUUAAUAUGCCUACAAUUUAUUCAUUUUUUUCAAAAAAAAAGAGCUCAAAAUUAUAUUUAUUUUUGAUAUACACACCUUGUUUUGGUUACAAAAUAUUAAAUGUAAAAUUGAUAUUAUUAUUUGUGUUUUAAAGGAAGGAUAAAUGAAAUUAUUUUUUUUUGAAAUUUUACACGUACAAGAGAUUUAAUUAGUGUUGCAACCCGGGCCUUCGAGGGCGGGAUCGACGGGGAUCGGAGUUUACCGGGGUAGAGCCUUCGGGGUUCGGGUCGGGUUUUUUGC